UCUCUCAUUGCAUCCAUUUUUGUGCAUUUAAGAAAUCUCCAAGAAUUACCAACCUGGAGGAAAGAGCUAACCAGAGUGACAGAGGAGGGUUAAGGACUCAAAACAAACAAGGACCGGGACCGGGCAUCUUUUAUUCCACCAUGCGAGUGAAACCUCUCUAAAGGAUGGCAGCGAUGGGUUAGACAGGAUUUAACAUGACUGCAAAAUAAAAGCCAGCUGUGUGUAAAAGAUGUCUGCUCCACACGGGCCCCGGGGCGGCCCUGGCCCUGCUGCCGCUGCCGCCGCUGCUGCUGCUGCCUCAGCGGCCGGCGACAUGCCGGACCUGAGCCACCUCACCGAGGAUGAGAGGAAGAUCAUCCUCGGUGUCAUGGACCGACAGAAGAAGGAGGAUGCGAAGGAACAGACGAUGUUAAAGAUCAAAGAAGAACCAAAGCCUCAGCCGGCACAGUGGUUUCCCUUUAGUGGGAUCACUGAGCUGGUAAAUAACGUCCUUCAGCCCCAGCAAAAGUCCCAAAAUGACAAGGAGCCAGAGCCAGACGCGAAGUUGCACCAGCAGUUUGAAUCGUAUAAGGACCAGGUUAAGAAGAUGGGGGAGGAGACUAAGCCGGCUCAGGACCUGAAGAGCGAAGCCCCAACCUGCGGGAUAUGCCACAAAACCAAGUUUGCCGAUGGCUGUGGCCACCUCUGUUCAUAUUGCCAAACAAAAUUCUGUGCUCGGUGCGGAGGACGAGUGUCUCUGCGGUCAAAUAAGGAGGACAAAGUGGUUAUGUGGGUAUGCAACUUGUGCCGAAAACAACAAGAAAUCCUCACCAAGUCGGGAGCAUGGUUCUACGGCCCGGAGCCCGGUCAGGUACGGGGUGUGUUUGAGGGCGGGCCGCAGGGGAAGAAGGCCAAACUGCAGGACCCGUCUCUCUACCCCUACCAGGGAGCCCCAGGGGACCUGCCACCAGGGUCAGACAGAAGCAGACCUCACGUCGGACUCCUGCCCAGACAGGCGUCCCUUGACAACGGAUCGGGGCUGAGGAAACGAAGUCCAUCUGCAUCCAGGGAUCCAAACCAAAAAUACGACCAAGGGGAGGGGGGCGAUCACUCACAGUAUGCCCCGACGGACGGCGGCAUGCCCAGAUCACCGUCUGACUAUGGGGAUGGGGACCCCCGGCGGGCUCCGAGGGGCCCACACAUGUACCCAGAUGCAGAUGCGGCACGAAUGGGCUACCGGGACCGGCGGGGCCCUGGGCGCUGGCACUCCCAGGAAUACCCGCUGGACCAGGAGCUAGAUGGACCCAGUGAGUACGACCUCCAGCGGCAGCGGCAGGAAGAAUUCCAGACGCGUUACCGUAGCGACCCCAACCUGGCCCGCUACCCUGUAAAGCCGCAACCCUACGAGGAGCAGAUGAGAAUGCACGCAGAGGUGGGCCGCAUGAGGCAUGAGCGUCGUCAUAGUGACGUCUCCCUGGCCUACACGGAGCAGGACGACCCAGGACCCGUCCGGCUGUCCCGCCAGCAUCUCACCGAGCGCCGGCCGCCCAUGGUGGGACAGCGCUCCUACUCCGUCGACCGCUCCUCCCCCGGGCCCAUGGGGGGCAGCCUCGGAGGCCACAGAUCCUCCAACCACAGUCCCCCUACGCCGCACCGCAGCCCCGUGCUGGGGGACCGAUCUGGAGACCUGCGUAGAGGGGACAUGGAUUCCAUGAGGAGGCAGCAGCACCACCUCGACCCCAGUUCGGCCGUCCGCAAGACCAAGAGGGAGAAGAUGGAGAGCAUGCUGAGGAACGACUCUCUCAGCUCGGACCAGUCGGAGUCGGUGCGCCCGCCACCCCCCAAGCCCCACAAAACCAAAAAGGGAGGAAAGAUGCGGCAGGUGUCGCUCAGCAGCUCGGAGGAGGAGCUGGCCACCACACCUGAGUACACCAGCUGUGAGGACGUGGAGAUAGAGAGUGAGUCAGUCAGUGAGAAAGGGGACAGUCAAAGGGGAAAAAGAAAAACAAUUGAGCAGACAUUUAUGUCCGAGCCGACACACACCUUAUCUGAGAGGCAAAAGAAAAUGGUGCGCUUUGGGGGACACUCAUUUGAAGAGGACUUGGCAUGGUGUGAACCGCAGGUUAAAGACUCGGGAGUUGAUACGUGCAGUAGCACUACCCUAAACGAGGAGCAUAGCCAUAGUGAGAAGCACCCGGUGACGUGGCAGCCGUCCAAAGAUGGGGAUCGCCUAAUAGGGCGUAUUUUACUCAACAAGCGCAUGAAAGAUGGAAGUGUGCCUCGAGACUCAGGAGCUCUGCUUGGUCUAAAGGUGGUGGGAGGCAAGAUGACAGAAUCUGGUAGACUUUGUGCUUUCAUCACUAAAGUGAGGAAAGGAAGUCUAGCAGACACUGUUGGACAUCUCAGACCAGGUGACCAGGUGCUGGAGUGGAACGGGAAGCUUUUACAAGGAGCCACAUUUAAAGAAGUUUACAAUAUCAUUCUAGACUCCAAGCCUGAGCCGCAGGUGGAGCUGGUGGUCUCACGGCCUAUAGGAGAUAUUCCAAGGAUACCAGACAGCACACAUGCACAACUGGAAUCAAGUUCGAGUUCUUUUGAGUCUCAAAAGGUGGAUCGCCCGUCCAUCUCCGUCACGUCCCCCAUGAGUCCCAGCAUGCUGAGGGACGCCCCCCAGUACCUGUCAGGUCAGCUCUCAAGCCAAAGCCUUAGUAGAAGAACAACGCCUUUUACCCCUAGGGUCCAGGUCAAACUAUGGUAUGACAAAGUGGGCCAUCAGCUAAUUGUCACCAUCCUGGGCGCCAAAGACCUGCCCCCCAGGGAAGACGGCCGCCCCAGGAACCCUUACGUCAAAAUCUACUUCCUCCCCGAUAGAAGUUUGAAUUAUUGUUCCUCCAGCGACAAAAGCAAGAGGAGAACAAAAACGGUAAAGAAAUCCUUAGAGCCCAAAUGGAACCAGACCUUUAUGUAUUCGCCGGUGCACCGGCGGGAGUUUCGGGAGCGCAUGCUGGAGAUCACAUUGUGGGACCAAGCCAGGGUGAGGGAGGAGGAGAGCGAGUUCCUGGGAGAGAUCCUUAUUGAGCUGGAGACAGCACUUCUGGAUGAUGAGCCACACUGGUACAAGCUACAAACCCACGACGUGUCCUCCAUGCCGCUCCCACGUGCCUCCCCCAACACACAGCGCAGGCAGCUCCACGGAGAGAGCCCCACACGACGGCUCCAGAACAAAGGCUCUUAUUCAUACAACUCAGGAUCCCAAAGGAUAAGUGACAGUGAGAUCUCGGACUAUGAUUGUGAAGAUGGUGUUGGAGUAAUAACAGACUACCGGUCUAAUGGCCGAGACUUCCAGAGCUCCACGUUGUCUGUCCCUGAUCAGGUGAUGUCGUCGAACCACUGCUCCCACUCAGCUGACAUUAACCGGGCGCGGUCGCGUUCUCCCAGCGUCCCCCCCCCCUCCAGCAGAAGUCUGGACCCCGCCUUUGACCUUAGGCCUUCUCAGUACAGCUCCUCCACUAGAGUGGACCACCACAGUGUGUCUGAAGAUAACUACUCUCCUGACAGCCGCAACCAUCGCGUGUACCCUAUCUGCCGAGAGGAAGCAGUCAGGUUACUGCGUUCCACUAGGAUGGCCCGCGCCCAUUCAGAGGGCGCCUAUUCCUCGGACUAUGACUACGAGAGGAACCACGGAGCCAUGGAUAGACACGAGUAUCACAGCAGGUCCCGCUCUGCAGACCAGCGGCCCUCUAUAGAGCGCCCCACGUCCCGCUCGCGCUCCACUGAACGCCCCCACGACUCUUCGCUCAUGAGGUCCAUGCCGUCCCUGCCAUCUGGGAGGUCCGCCCCCCCCUCACCUGCCUUGACGAGGGCGCAUCCUCGUAGUGGAUCAGUCCAGACCAGUCCCAACAGCACCCCCAUGUCCAGUAGAAGAGGACGGCAACUCCCACAGCUCCCACCCACGGGGAAAGAGAGAAACGGAGCAGGGGAGGACUGUGUGGCACCUCAACCCCAAAACGGUGGCCCAGGUAUGGACAUGGAGGAGAGGACCCGGCAGAUGAAGCUGAAGAUGAACAAGUACAAGCAGGGAGCGGGCUCCGACUCCAGACUGGAGCAGGAUUACCACAAGCGCUCAGGCAGAGAUCCCCGGGGCUCAGAUAACCUGUCGGCCAAGUCAUCGGACAGCGAUGUAAGCGACGUGUCCGCUGUGUCGAGAACCAGUAGUGCCUCUCGGUUCAGCAGCACGAGCUACAUGUCUGUCCAAUCCGAAAGGCCGCAAGGAAACCGCAAAAUCCGUGACUUUGCAUCCAAAAUGAAAAACAGGCAGAUGGGCUCGACGGGCGCGGUCAACAUGACCAAGAGCACAAGCCUUAGCGGCGACAUGUGUAACCUGGAGAAGACGGACGGCAGCCAGUCGGACACGGCGGUGGGCACGGUAGGCACCGACGAGAAGAAGAGGCGCUCCAGCAUUGGUGCCAAAAUGCAGGCCAUGGUCGGCAUGUCGCGCAAGAGCCGGAGCACCUCUCAGCUCAGCCAAACAGAAGCAGGGGGUAAGAAGCUGCGCAGCACCAUCCAGAGGAGCACGGAGACGGGCCUGGCGGUGGAGAUGAGGAGCAGGAUGACUCGGCAGGCCAGCCGGGAGUCCACAGACGGCAGCAUGAACAGCUACAGCUCCGAGGGAAAUCUCAUCUUCCCCGGUGUGAGGCUCUCCUCAGAAGCCCAGUUCAGCGACUUCCUGGAUGGUCUCGGCCCCGCCCAGCUGGUUGGACGACAGACGUUGGCUACUCCCCCCAUGGGUGACAUCCAGAUUGGCAUGGUGGACAAGAAGGGAGCACUGGAGGUGGAGGUCAUCAGAGCCCGUGGCCUUGUGGGAAAACCAGGUUCCAAGUCACUGCCAGCACCAUAUGUAAAGGUCUACCUUUUGGAAAACGGAGUCUGCAUAGCCAAAAAGAAAACAAAAGUAGCAAGAAAAACCUUGGACCCUCUUUACCAGCAGCAACUGCCGUUUGAGGAGAGUCCAGUAGGAAAGGUUUUACAGAUCAUCGUUUGGGGCGACUAUGGACGCAUGGACCAUAAAUCCUUCAUGGGAGCAGUUCAGAUACUGUUAGAUGAGCUGGACCUGUCCAACAUGGUGAUUGGCUGGUUUAAGCUCUUCCCCCCUUCCUCACUGGUGGACCCUACUCUGGCCCCACUGACAAGAAGAGCUUCCCAAUCGUCACUGGACAGUUUCUCUCGAUCAUAGCAGCGUGCGGAAUGAUAGCGUUGUUGUAGCAGCCAGUGUUGCGAUUACAGGUCACGCCCCCGGUUACACUGCAUGCUUGAUGUUGUGUCUUCUGAGCCUGUUUCCAGGGGUGCAAAAAAGGUGAUCCUGUGUUUUGAGCAAAAACGUUGCGCACAUUGUGCACGAGGCGAAGCGCGUCGCAAGCGCCUGGCGGCCGGGAUGCCGGGUGUUGUUGUUGUUGUUUGGAGGAAGCUGGAAUGAACUCCUUAGCACGAGGAAUCCGUCAGUUCCAGGUUUUCAUCCAAUUCGAAGCCAUGGGGGUCAGCACUGGGAACCGCUUAACGAGUUCUACAGAAGCCCUUUUCGAAUGAAAAUAAAUGUUUUCCUUUCUUUUUUUUGGUUUCCUUUUUUUUAUUUGUUUUUUUAUGUCAAUGUACUUGUAUCUGAAGGGGGUGACAGUGUUUCUAACCAGAUGCUUGGUCACGCCACGCCAACAGACCUAGCUGUGUAGAUGGAGUUUUGGAGACCAUCACUUUGGGUGAGGUGUGUCCCAGCUUGUGUCCACACUCCCCCAAAACCCCAAAAGAAAUACCCUGGUUACUCUAGGUUUACGUACUGAAUCAACCCGUACUGGUAAAUGAAUCAGAGGCAAUAUUGAAGUGGCUACCAUCAACACUCCAGAACAAACAGAAACCCCAUGAAAAGAUGUACAAUCUACCAUCAUUCUUUCUCUGUUGAUAUAUUGUAUGAAAAUAAAUGAGAAAAAUAUAUUUUUUUCCCUUUUUAGUUCAUUUGCAUGGACACAAAUUUAGCUGAAUUAAAAAAAAUAAAAUUAUUUUCUUGAGGCUGCAACUUGCAAAAAAGAAGAAGAAAAAUAAAACAGAUCAGCCAUUUUCAACAAUUUAUAUUAUUUUUAAGAUAAAUGUCACUAGUGCAUGGUUUUCAAGGGGAGUGAAUGCAACAUCGUGAUGAAAAAAAGAGGCAUUGUUUAUCAUUCUUUAGACCAUUCAUGAGUCUGUGUUUAGCAGACAUGCAGAUAAGGGAAACUUAAAGGAAACUUUUGGAGCUAUUUAACAGAAAAUGUUUAUGUGACAAAAAGUGAUAAUGAAAAUAAAUGUAAAUUAUUUAUUUCAUUGUAAAAGGCUCAUGCCUUAUAAAGAUAAACAUUAUGUGCAAAUUGUACAUGUUUCUCUUUUUCUUCCUUGUCCCAGGGUACUUCUCAUUGUACUUCUCAUUGUCCCCUGACAUUGUCCAGAUUUGAGGACUGUUUCAGUAUGUAUUUUAUUUUGGAUUUGAUUUGUUUAACAAGCAUGUUGAAAAGGAUUUUCUGCAACAUGGCUUGGGCACACCUUACAGUAACUCAGCAUGUUUUGAUAAAGAUGAUAUUUGGAAUUUUUGCAGUUUCUUGUACAGUGCAUGUCAACUUCAUUACUUUUCUCCCUCACCUUUAAAUUGAACUCUACAGCAAAUUAGUUCUUGGUCUUCUGCGGCCAUUUAUUGAAGUUUUAACAAAAGACAUUCCACCCCCAAGGUCAUGUUUUCUUUCAGGUUUUUGAGAAAAAAAUAAUUGACAAGGAAAAUAUUUUAUAUUUAAUGGAGGUUGACGAAACAGUUGUGAUUGCAAGUGUAUUUUAUUUCAGUAUUGUUGACGAACAUGCAAAAAUAAUCUGUAUUGGUACAGCGAGAGGUCUAUACCUAAUCAAGAGGCAGCAAACAUGCGAGAGAUGUGUGUGUCGCUGUGGUUCAAGUCCACAGGCACUGUUUGUGAAGAUGAGCUAAUCACAAGUUCAAAUAACAAGGGAUAUUGCCACAGAAAAUGUUUUUUCUUGUUUUAAUGAAAUGAAAUUAAUUUACUAUAUUUUUGUUAGUUUUAUUUAAAAGCCAAGACCAGUUUAUUUUUUAUUUUCUAUUUUUAGUAAUUAUAAAUACUUCUCAUGUCUGGGAAGUAUAUGAAUCUUAUAGUUGCAGUAUGUCUGAAUGAAAUUGAACUGAGGCAUUAUUCCUUUUCCACAUGACGAUAAUGCGUUUUAAUGUCCUUGUGGCUGGAACAAGCUACAGUAUAUAUUUUGAUUUUGAUUUUGAUUGUACCUUUAAUUGUCAGAAUUUGAAUAAACAAGCUACCAUGAAUAGAUGAUAGACUCUUUUGGAACAGGAAGAAUGCCUCACGUGAUGACAAAGACAUAUGUUAUUUAUCCUUUUGAAUGCCUUUUCAUUUUCUCUUUUUGGUGCAAUGUGUUAAUGCCAAGGCUAUGUCUUGGUUAAGUAUGGUUGAGUACAGAGAUUUAUGUAAGUUAUUUUUCAAAUAAAAAAUAAAAAAAUUGAUAUUACACUGAU